CCGGGCGGGGUUGGGGGCGGGGGGAGCGGGAGGCGAGUCGCUCCGGCUUCGCGAGCACCAUGAGCGGGCUGCAGAACAGUGCUGCCCGAAGACAGUUUUUACUUGAGCGCUUACUGGAUGCGGUUAAACAGUGCCAGAUCCGAUUUGGAGGAAGGAAAGAGAUCGCUUCUGAUUCAGAUAGCAGAGUCACGUGCCUCUGUGCGCAGUUCGAGUCCGUCCUUCAGCAUGGUUUGAAGAGGACCCGGGGGUUAGCAUUAACCGCCGCCGCCAUCAAGCAAGUCACCGGUUUCUCCACUAAAACCGAAAUGGAAUCCAUGUUCUGGUACUACGUGAAAGAAGUGCUUAAUAAACACGAACUGCAGCGUUUCUAUUCUCUGAAGAACAUCACUACGGAUACGGGGCGAGGCCGGGCUUGGCUACGCUGUGCUCUCAACGAACAUUCCCUAGAAAGAUAUUUGCACAUGUUGCUUGCAGAUAAAAACCAUCUCAGUGUCUUCUAUGAAGACUGGUCCUUCUUGAUGGACGAAGAACGAUCCAGUAUGAUUCCCACCAUGGCAGCUGGGCUGAACUCGAUUCUUUUUGCAAUCAACAUCGAUAAUAAGGAUUUAAAUGGACCAAGCAAAUGCCCACCCUCCGUCUCUGACCUUCUCAAGGAAUCCACCCAGAACGUGACCUCUUUGCUGAAGGAAUCCACCCAAGGUGUCAGCACCCUCUUCCGGGAGAUCACGUCUUCAUCCCCUGUUUCCAUGCUAAUCAAAUCUGAUCAAGAUGCUGACCUGCUACCUAUUUUAUCCAAGAGCGUCAGCGGUGAUUUCAAAUGCCGGAAAGAUCGAACGAAGAAAAAGAAGAAAGUCACAAAAAUCAUUUCGUUCGAUGACGAAGAGGGCCAACUUUUCGGGACCCCCUUACGGGGGACAGCGGCAGGAGAAGACUCCGAAGACGGCUGCGACAGGCUUUCAGCCUCAGCAGCUUCUUCGGUAACUGAACAGGUGGAUCUUCUGCCCGGCAACCAGGAUGGGACGUCGCUGAGACAUCGUUCUGAGUACCUGAACGGGGACUGCAGCUACCUGAAACUGGAUGUCAAAAGCAUAGAUGAUGAAGAGGCCGAAGAGAACGAGGAGAAUCGCGUCAGAACAUUGAGGAACCACAAUGUGAUGGACGACACACAGGUGCUCACAAAACCUGCUGAAGGUGUGACAUCCCAUUCGCUGGUUUGCACGGGGACGCCUCUACAAAUGUUGAACGAUGACGCGGAUGAGUUAUUCCCAGUCAGCGCUGUGGGUUCUUUUCCCCAGACUGAAAAUCUGGUGGACGGCAAUGAACAUGAAAAUGCAGAUUUUUCAGUAGAAUUGACUCCCAGCAAUGCUGAAUUGCACUACAGGGUAGAAGCUAGCUCUCCUGUCCACAAGAAGGCAUUAACUGAACUUUUGCCUUCCGACAGCGUGCCAGAGUCGAUGACCGUCGCGGAACUUCGGCAAGCCAUCGUAGCCAUGAUGAACAGAAAGCAUGAACUAGAAGAACAGACUAGUUCCUUGCGAAGCCUCUUGGAGGGCGAGAUGGAACAUUCAUCAGGACUCCGUCAAGAGGUGGAUAACCUGAAGAAGAAAAUUUCCGAGCAUGAAGAACACUACACAGUGAGGAUCCAGGCCUUGGCAAGGGAGAAUGAGGUACUCAAAGUCCAGCUAAAGAAAUACGUCGGGGCUGUCCAGAUGUUGAAAAGAGAAGGUCAAACCAUGGACGUCUUGCCAAAUCUUUGGAACGCAGAUAGUGAAUUCUCCAUUCCCGAACAAAAGCAGGUGGAAAACAAUGAGGAGCGCGCAAACUCUUAUGAAAGGAAGCUGAUUGAGGUGGCGGAAAUGCACGGGGAACUCAUCGAAUUCAACGAACGGCUCCAUCGUGCCUUGAUGGCCAAAGAAGCCCUUGUGACGCAGAUGAGACAAGAACUGAUCGAUCUGAGAGGACCGGUUCCCGGAGAUCUCAGUCAAACCUCUGAAGAUCAAAGCUUGUCAGAUUUUGAAAUAUCAAACCGAGCACUUAUAAACGUCUGGAUCCCUUCGGUCUUUCUCCGUGGGAAAGCAGCAAAUGCAUUUCAUGUUUAUCAACUCUAUAUCAGGAUAAAAGACGAUGAGUGGAACGUUUAUCGGAGAUACACAGAAUUCAGAGGGCUUCACCACAAGUUGCAGAUGAGGUAUCACCAAGUGCGAAGCUUUAACUUCCCGCCCAAAAAAGCCAUCGGAAACAAGGAUGCCAAGUUCGUGGAGGAACGACGGAAGCAGUUGCAAAACUACUUGAGAAACGUGAUGAACAAAGUCAUCCAGGCUCUGCCAGAAUUCAUUGCCAACCCCAAAAAAGAGACUCUCAUCCAGUUGAUGCCCUUUUUCGUAGACUUCCAACCUACAGGAGAAUCUGCCACCAAAACCAAUCAUCGGCGAGCGACCACCCACUUCCCCAGGCUGUCUCGGAACCCCCCCAGGGAAUCCCGCAAUCCGGAACCUCAAAGUGGUGACCUUUGACCUGUGACCCCUAGAAGGACCACGCCCUGUAGGCAGCCAUUGAGUUUGUUCUGAGGAUCCAAGUCCAUGCGAGACAACAAGAAGCGGUCAACAACAAUGGCAUUGAAGUGAUCCCCUGAAAAGAUACUGCCCUUUCAAAAGAUCCAUCGCCCAGUUGAACAAACCAGAGAUGGUCCAAUCGUAGUCCUUUCCCAAAACAGCGAGGGAUCUCUUUUGCCGUAGAGCAGCGCUUUCUGCUCCCAGUUGUCUGGACUGCAACUCCCAGAAUUCCCCAGCCAACCAUUCCUCAUGUAGGGAUUCUGUGGAUUCUGGGAGGUGAAGUUCACACAUUUAAAAAAAAAAAAAUCAAGGUUGAAAAACACAGGGAGAGAAGGAGGGAGAAAGAAGGAAGGAAGGAAGAAUCGAAGGAAGGAAGGAAAAGAAAAAGAAAAAGAAGGAAGGAAGGAAGAAUUGAAGGGAAAAAUCGAAGGAAGAAAAAAAGAAAAAGGAAGGAGGAAGGAAGGAAAGGGAAAAAAAGAAGAAAGAAAAAGAAAGAAACAAAGAAAAAAUCAAAGGAAGGAAGGAAAAAAGAAAAAGGAUGGAAAGAUGGAAGGAAGAAGGAAGAAGGAAGGAAAGAAGAAAGAAGGGAAAAAAGGAAGGAAGGAAGAAAAGAAAGAAAGAAAAAAGAAAGAGAAAAAGAAAGAAAGAAAGAAAGAAAGAGAAAGAAAAGAAAGUUUCCAUUUCCUUUAAUUAAGCCAUAGGCACCACGGCUUCUGUUUCAUCCGUGAGAAUUUUUAUAGCUCUUAACGGUGAGAGUUUCCGCUGCAGCCGGAAUUGCUCUCCUCGCCUUCCAGGUUUCUCAGAAUGACAUUUCCCACAACUGUACUUAUUGUGAGCAUUGUCGAGCUAUUUAUUUUAAGCCAUCCCUCCCCUCCCCUCCCCUCCCCCCCUCCUCUUUGUUUUUGCUCUCUUUUUCUCCCAAGCCAGAGCAGGAAGAAGCAACAGGGGGAGAGUUUCCAUCUCUCUCUGCCAUUCAUCCCCCCCCCACACCCCCAACCUUGUAAGGUCCAAAACUACCGAUCCAUUGAUGAAUCAUCCUGCUUUUGAUGUUAAGGCAGUUUGACAGUCAUCGUUCCUUUGAAGUGGAAUUAUUAACGAUGAGCUGGGCAAAAAGGGGGCGGGGGCGGGAAAAAGCUUCCCGAGGCGAAACUUUCCACCUGUUUGCCUGAACUUCCACUAUAUAUAUAUAUGUCUUUGGUUAUUCGGGUUUUCUCCCGUGUAAAAUUGGCAGUGUCUUGGCGACGUUUCGAUGAAGUCUCAUUCGUCAUCUUCAGGCUGGUGUUAUCAGACUUCGUCGAAACGUUGCCAAG